UACGCGCCAAACCUAACCGAGGAGACGGGGUAGCCCGUACCAUGCAGCCCGGAGACGAGGACAGUCUGGGGCCGUUGAUUUUUGACCCCUUUCUGCAUUGACGGAGUAUUUUCAUCUCUUUUCCUUUUACUGCAAUCUCGUUUCUCAAACAUACCUUCACUCAUCCACGCACCCGUGCGCGCGCUCUCAUCACCAAACGGAUACCCUGACCUCUUCUCUCGUUUUCUUGGCUGUUGAACAUUAACCCCCCAAAGGAGCUAAAACAGGAGCUAACGGGAACACCUGGAAACAUGGAUUUAUUCUCCGUUCCACCCCGCGUUGGCUGGUGGAGGGUCCUGUUUCUCCUUAGCAUCUUCCAAGAUUACAUGAGCUCAAUGCUGCACUGCCCGCCGACCUGCACUUGUUCCGUCACGGACAUCCUUUGCAAUAAGUCUCACAAAGGGAAUUUCUUUCCCCUUCUGGCACUACAGGACUCGGUGAGCGACGGGAAUACCACCAACAGCCUUCCGGACCUGUUUGAGAACAUCUCAUCGAUACAUGUUGAGAACUGGUACGGUUUGCAGACGUUGAGGGUUGUGGACAUGGAGCUGUACACUGGGCUUCAGAGACUGAGCAUUGUGAACUGCAACCUGAGUGUGAUUCAGCCACGAGUGUUUGCUAAGAACCCCCACCUGCAUUACAUAAACUUGUCCAGGAACCCUCUGACGACUCUUUCAUGGCAGCUUUUCCAGCAUCUUCAACUCUUUGAGCUGAAGCUGGAAGGAGUGCUGUUUAACUGCAGCUGUAAUAUCCGCUGGAUCCAGCUGUGGCAGCAGAGAGGCGAGUCUGAACUUCAUAACCAGCAGCUGUACUGUAACAACGGCUAUUCAAAGAUCUCCCUUCAGCUGAUGAACAUCUCUCAGUGUGAUUUGCCAGAAAUCAGUGUAAGUCACAGUAACCUGACGGUGAUAGAAGGAGACUCGGUCACAGUCACAUGUAAUGGAUCGGGUGUCCCUGUACCAGAAGUGGAUUGGACCGUGAAUGGACUUCACGCCAUUAACACACAUCAAUCCAAUCAAUACCCACCGAAUGUCCACUCCAUCAACUUAACUCUGGUCAACGUCAGCAGAGACGAUAACAGCUUCAUGCUGACCUGCAUUGCAGAGAAUAUUGUUGGCAUGACCAAUUCCUCUAUACAGCUAUCAGUUCAAUUUCCUCCUGUCAUCAUAAAGUUCGAGGAACCCGAGAGAUGGCACGACACAUGUAUGAUCUUCACCGUCCGCGGGCAACCGUUGCCCACCCUGCGGUGGUUCUACAAGGGUGAGGAGAUCAAGCAGAGCGAAUACAUCCGCCCAGACAUGGAGACUUAUCAGGACAAUCGGGAGGGAUGCCUGAUGUUUCAAAACCCCACCCACCACAACAAUGGCAACUACACAUUGGAGGCUAGCAACUUCUUGGGCGUGGCUGUCAAAACUGUAUACGCCCACUUCCUGAAGCCACCAUUUGAGGACUACCCGGAUUAUGUGAGUCCGACACCAACCGCUAUUCCAACCAUGACUCAUCGGCCAGAAGAUGACACCUUUGGCGUGUCGAUUGCAGUUGGCCUGGCGGGCUUCGCCUGUGUUCUCCUUGUCGUCAUGUUUGUGCUAAUCAACAAAUAUGGCAGACGCUCAAAGUUUGGCAUGAAAGGACCGGUGGCUGUGAUCAGCGGAGAAGAAGAUUCCGCCAGCCCUCUUCACCACGUCAACCACGGUAUCAUAACCCCAUGCACCCUGGAUGCCGGGCCAGACGCCGUGGUGAUUGGCAUGACACGUAUCCCGGUAAUCGAGAACCCGCAGUACUUCCGGCACGGGCAUAAUUGCAACAAGCCCACCACUUACGUACAGCACAUUAAGCGGCGAGACAUUGUGCUCAAGAGGGAACUGGGAGAAGGGGCCUUUGGGAAGGUGUUCCUGGCAGAGUGCUACAACCUAAGCCCCACUAAGGACAAAAUGCUAGUGGCUGUCAAGACGCUGAAGGAUCCCACACUUUCAGCCAGGAAAGAUUUCCAGCGAGAGGCUGAACUGCUCACCAACCUUCAGCAUGAUCACAUCGUGAAGUUUUACGGUGUCUGCGUGGACGGCGACCCGAUCAUCAUGGUCUUUGAGUACAUGAAGCAUGGAGACCUCAACAAGUUUCUGAGAGCUCACGGUCCAGACGCGAUAAUUCUUGUUGAUGGUCAGCCACUUCAGAACAACGGAGAACUGGGUUUGUCUCAGAUGUUGCAUAUAGCCACUCAGAUCGCAUCAGGGAUGGUCUAUCUGGGGUCUCAGCACUUUGUCCACCGUGACCUGGCGACACGAAACUGCCUGGUGGGCAACGGCCUGCUGGUGAAAAUCGGAGACUUCGGAAUGUCAAGAGACAUCUACAGCACGGAUUACUAUCGGGUGGGAGGACACACCAUGCUGCCCAUCCGCUGGAUGCCACCAGAAAGCAUCAUGUACAGGAAGUUCACGACGGAGAGUGACGUGUGGAGCUUCGGCGUUAUUCUCUGGGAGAUCUUCACCUAUGGAAAGCAGCCAUGGUUCCAGCUUGCAAAUAAUGAGGUAAUCGAAUGCAUCACACAAGGACGUGUGCUGGAACGGCCACGAGUUUGUCUCAAGGAAGUGUACGACAUCAUGCUGGGAUGCUGGCAGAGGGAACCGCAGCAGAGGUUAAACAUCAAAGACAUCCAGAAAAUUCUUUAUGCCUUGGGCAAAGCCACACCCGUCUACCUGGACAUCCUGGGCUAGUGUGUGUUGGGAUUAUGUUUGUCCGUCUGCGUCUAUCCAAAAGAGGAACAACCUGGGAAUAACCCAAAACAACAUGUACCUUACUGCUUCACUGUCAGACACCUACAACAUGGGGAUGGACUUAAGUGCCUGCUACUUCUUUCGAUACACUGGAAAACAGUCUUUAAAAAGCACUUUUACAUUUUGUUUACCUGCAUAGAAAAUGUACAGCAGAGAGUCUUUCGCUAUUUCUUUCAUUUUUUCUUUGGUUUUGGUAAGAAGAGCCUACUUUUGAACUCUGAAGGAAGAACAACGGAAAUCCCCCUUUCCUCAAAAAUAUGGAAAAAAAUAUCUUUUGUUUUUGUUUCCUGACUGCUUGAGAAAACUCCCUCGUGGUUGUUUUUCUUUUUAUAAAAAAUAUAUUUUUAUUUAUUUUUCUUUCUCCGAGUGUGGACGUCUGCCAUGUUUCUCGCUGAGGGCAUCUCACCUUUGGGAUGUGACUGCUUGCCGUUGCCAGGUCAGACGGUCGGCAAGGACUUUUUUUUCAAAAAGCCUUACUGCGCUCUGAUUGGCCGGAUCUUCUCUUUGACUCUGCAGGAAGUAUCCAACAGGGCUUUUAAAUACGACGAGGAGCUAUUUAGCGAACGGAUUAACUUGAAGGAGCAAAGGAACCACCAAUCAAUACAAAGGAGUUUAUUUAAAAAAACGAAUGUAUAUAAUGUAAAUUUCAGUGUCACAAGCGACAGUAUGUUAAAUUAUUUCAUUUCCUGAUUAGAUUAUUUUAGUUGGCGUGCUGUUACGGUGAGUAAAUUCUAUAAAUAUUUUGAUAAUAUUUUAAUGUUUCUUUUCACAUGUCCAUAGGAAUGUAUGUCCAUAUUUUGAUGUGAACGAACUUCCUUUAAAUUCCCGUAUGCCUCUUUUUUGUUUGUUUGAUAUGUGACAAAAUGUGUCCAUGAAUAAGCAAAACACACACAUACCAUGACAGUAAACAUCAUUGCCUCACUCCUUGUAUUCCAGAGACCAUUGGCUUCUAAAGUGGUUCAAAAAGUAGAUUGAAGAAAAUCUCAUUCCAUUCAUUAAACUUCAUCUCAUGGUUGUGCUUUUUUUUUUAAAGGUCCUUUUAGAGUAGUUGGAAGUAAUAACACAAAGAUGUUUAGACUGUUUGCGGGAGUUGGCAUGUGCAAGCGUAUUACAUCUUUUUACAGUGUUUUCUAGAAAUGGACUUCUUACGUUUUUCGUUAUUUAUAAACAAAAGUGCAUAGCAAACAUUGUCAGGUAAAACUGCUGUCCUAGUAUUUCUUUUCAAUCUCUCUUAUUGUAUCCACAUUGUAUCCAUUGACUUUUCAAAAUAAGCCUGUAACAAACUUCUGUGAAUUCGGUCGCACAAUAUAUAUUCCUUUCUCAAACUUUAACAAUUGGAUUCUUUGUAAACACAGUAAUGUGAUAAUGUCUUUGUCAGCUUUCCCAAAACUAAAGGGCUUAUUUAGAUCUUCCGUUAUUCUGAAUUGACAAACGGCAGUAUUAUAUUGGAAGGUGUUCAGUCUCUCUUGCACGCUUUUGCUGGCUCGUGCAUUUUCAUUCAAGGUGAUCCAUGGCUCAGUAUUUCUCUGAUGAUAAAUCUGUAAUCACCGCACGCGCAGGUAAACUUUACUUCCCUACUGACAGCAUCCGCCUCGUCUGCGCCUUUUUAGGGAACACAAUGAGCGAUAUUUUAUAAAUUCAACCUGUAUGAGACUUAACCCUUAAACGUAUCACAUGAAGUUUCUCGCAACUUCCUGUCUAAACCAUCCAGACGUGAAAUGUGGAAAACUUUUCCAUCUGCCUAUCAGCGACCGCAAACUAAAUUGCUGUUAUGUUGCAAUCUGCCCGUCACGAUUUUCUGCUUACCCUUAAUCUCAUCCUUCACAUCAGGAAAAUUCCCGGUGCGGAGGAAGCAACUUGAACAUUCGUUGAUCUUGUUGUGUUUUUUUUUUUCUGCUUCCCACAGUGGCCAGAUAAUUCUCUCCCCAUCUAUGACAAGAGGAAAUUGCAAAAGUCUUUCCAUAACACCGACAGCGAUGUGUUUAUGUGUGAUAAGAUGCUUCUCAUUUUGAUAUUCUUGUCGGCUGCGGGCCCCCGCUGCAGAUAGUCACUGACUUAACACGUUUGCCCAUGUCGAGUGCGCCAAGCUUUUUAUGCAAAAGAGCAACACACAAGGUUUAUCCCGGUAGACCGAAUACCUGCUUUCUGAAUUCUGACGUCUAUGAAGUAAACAGGCCUGCCUUCACCCAGAACCCUGUCGGAGGGCUCAUCUUUUAACAGAGACACGGUCCUCGUACUGACUGUAAUUUCUGCAAAAGUCUCAUUGAUGUGGCGUACCAGAUUUUACCCGUCAAUCAUAGCGCAGAGUGGAGCGUUCAUGCUAAAUUAGGUUCUAAUUGGAAGGAAACAGACAAAAUGUCACAUUUGGCAAAGUCGGCAGUUCCCAGCGCACUGUAGAGAGACAUGCCAUACAGAAAGUGUUAUAAGAAUAAGAAAUACAAAUUA